AUGCGCGCAUUUCUGCAAAAGUUUCGGUCCAAUGCGAGCUCGAAAUCCAACACUGGUGGAUAUACUCCUGCUCCCCGUGAGCUAGAAAAGGAGAAGAACUUUCCCCCGCUGCCAGAAUGGCCCUCGCCCGCGCUCAACCAGACGCUCAAAGAUUCGCAGCCAGCGCCUGUAGUCGCGCCGACGUCUGUGCCGAUAUCCCUCGAAACGUCUGCUCCAAACCUCAAGGCUACGUCUACAGUCCCAACGGCGGCCCGUCCAUUCUCCAAUGUCGACUCCGAGUUACCUCCUUUGCCAUCCUUUGCUGAGCCACUCGAUUUCACCGCAGACGACAAGUCUAGAAAGCGAACUAGCAACGCGACCAGCACCGCGACCGUAAAGGAGCUUGCUAAACGGCCAAAGGACACGGAUCCUAACCAGACGUCGAGUGCCGCAGGCACGCCCCCGCCAGGCGCAUCAUCGUCCGCUCCCGUCCCUAAUGCGACAAAAGCGAAUGGUUCAGCCAAUGCCUCUGCACCGGCGUCUAGAGGCGACUCGUUUGACGAGCGGAGAAAGGCGAGCACGUCCGAGGCGGCUCCCUCAAAGGCCAUGGUCACCAAACUCGUGAAUAUGCACGAGGGCCGUGGAUCUACCUCGACAAAUCACACGGUGGGAACGUUUAGGACGAUCCCGGUAAGCAAUCCUCUCAAGACGAGUUCCACGCGGGCACUUGCCGCUUCCCCGACGCCAGGCAGCGCUAUGAGCCAUGGAACCGCACCGGCACACGCUCAUCCGCGCGCACAAGCAAGGCAACAUAAUGCAAUGGGUCUGCCCAUGGCCGACAACGUUUCCAUCCUCCGCCCGGGCACAUCCAUGUCUGCACGAUCCCAAAAGUCGACAGUCGCCACUACAGCGUCGUGGAGCGAGGCGGCAGAAGAGGACCUCGUCGCCAAUCUCGGCCAACGCGAGCGAACCAGGCAAGAGGUAUUGUGGGAGAUUGUCGCCUCUGAGCAGAGGUACAUUCAAGAGCUAAUGAAUAUGCGUGAAAGCUACAUUAUUCCGCUAUUGCACCCGUUUGCAGCUCAGCAUGACGCGAGUGAAGAAGGAUACCCGCGGAGCGAGACACCCGCCGAGUCGAUUGAACACCUCCCAAUUGCUUCCAGAUUUAUUGGACCCUCUUCCGUCCGCUCUCCCACUCCUGCAACAACAACCGCUGCGACACACCGUACGAAUGGGACCACACCGCAGAUACCGACACCUGAUCAAGACUCGGAUACGGAUUACGACGAGCCGGGUGCGAAUGCAGGCAAACUCGUUGGCUCGAAACGCGUGACAGGCAAAAAGUCGAGUAUCACAGGCUCGAUGGCUGCAAAAGCAACCAUCCGCGGUCCCCAUAUGGACCAGCUCUCGAGCCACAAGCAAUGCGGUCAAUCCACGCUUGAACAGACUGAUGCCCCAGAUAUCCUCUCGAUCACAUCAAUCUCUCCCACCUCCACCUCGUUCAACUGGCACUCCUGGCGCCAACGUUGCAUCCACCACCUCUCUGGGGAGAAAAUCGGACAUGAACGACGGCGAGCACGAUUCGCGCCUUCGCCAUCUCCUCAGCGCGUACUCAAAAAGACGCGAAAGGACUCGGAAGAUAGGCCGAAAUUGGUCGCCGUUCCGGGCGGGUCCCCGCAUGUCAUACCCGAAGACCUGAGGACGUGUCUUGAUGUCAUCGAGCGGGUAUCCGCUUGUCAGAGUCUUGCAGACAUCUUUGUCGGCCAUGCUACCAUCUUGCAUGAGUAUGCUACUUAUGUUCUGCAUCUGGAACGCGCGUUGGAACAAGUGGACACUAUUGUCAACAACGCCAGCAUUCUUGGCCGCUCACGACAGCCCGAAAAUUCUGAUGCCGUGAAAUUGGCAAAACUCGUCCAGCGGCUAGAAAAGGAAGCACACUCACGAGGGGAGACCAACUGGCUAUUUCUCUCGAAACCGUUCCAGCGUCUCCUAAAGUAUCCGCUAUUAUUCCAAAACCUACUCUUCCACACCGACCCGUCGACAUUCGAAUAUGAGAGUACGCUGGAAAUGGUCUCCGAGGUUGAGACGAUUGUACGGUCCAUCGAGGACGAAAAGGUUCAACAAGAGGAGCGCGAUAAGACGCGAGAUGCAUUGGCGCGUAUAGAUGGUUUGGAGAAGGACAAGGUCCUUGCGGUAUUCAAGCCUUCACGCCUGCUCAUCGAAGAGAAUCCUCAACCUGGGUCAUGGGCAGAUCCAGCGACCAAAUCACCUCCAGUGGUCACCGUGAGCACGACUCGGGAAGCAAGGCCGUCAAGCAAAAAGGUUCGUUCCGGCGCAUCAGCGAGGUCUUGGGGACAAAGGACGACAAGAGCGGUCUGGGAAGCAAACGAGACCUUUGGCUCGUCGUCUUUUAAUGACGUUGUUCUUCUCUGCCAGCGAAUUGGCACGACGACUCUUCCACUCUCUACAACCGCCAACUCGCGUGCCAAUUCGUUAGGUGAUGGCUCGAGUAAACCCAAGUAUGCGAGCACCAACGCCAAACGGACAUCCUCUCAGCUGACCAUCAACGAGAAGCCCAAGCCCCGGGAACUCGUCUCCAAAGAGGCUAUCGAGCGAUGGAGAAACCAGCAAGCGAGUGGUCAUCUUAUGGGCAGCGGAGAAUCCCCGAAGAGGAGGCAAGAUGAGCUUUUCGUAUUGGGGUGCCGACAAGGUCACCCUACCAAGCCAGCAGCCAAGCGCGUUCCAUCGACCAACGUAUCGCGGACACAGCUCACUCCCUGGUACCAAGCACCGUCUUCCUUUGCUGGAAGAACGCCGGCGAAAGAGUCCAAGUUUGGUACACGAUUGCGUUCACCAGAGCCGAGCACAGACGGCUCUGUUGUUGGUUCUGUUCGUCCUGGAAGUCGACGGGCAGGUGCCACUGCGUCUCCAAGUAUGCAGAGACGGCAGAUUACCAGUACCGUCGACUCGAAGCUAACGACGGGGAGCACCACGUCCUUGUCUCGACAGCUCGCGCCGGGGCGACGACACAGUGGGAACGCAAGUUCGAGUGCACCCAUCAAACGCGUUCGCAACACUUCUGUCACAAGCGGGCCGCCGAGAGUGGGCAAUACAAAGACACUGAGCGCGGUCCCAUCAGAAGACUCUGGAGUGGGCAUGUACCGUCAAAUCAUCGACUACGAUCCGACAUUCUCCGAAAUCAGGUCGUGA